AUGUCUUCCCAGCGAGCUAUCCGCAAGGUCAUCCUGGCCAUCGAGCAGGCCGAAGGCGCUGGUGCUCGCGUCCGCCGCUCCAUUGGCACGCCGCAGCUGCGCAACUUCUCGCCCUUCCUCAUGCUCGACCACUUCUCUAUUAAGCCUGGCGCUGGCUUCCCUGACCACCCCCACCGUGGCCAGGAGACCAUCACCUACCUCCUCGAGGGUGGUGUCGACCAUGAAGAUUUCGCCGGCAACAAGGGCUCCCUGUCCGCUGGUGACUUGCAAUUCAUGACAGCCGGCCGCGGUAUCGUCCACGCCGAGAUGCCCCGCCAGAACCCCGACGGCAGCGCCAACGUCGGCCUGCAGCUCUGGGUCGACCUCCCCCAGGAGCUCAAGGCCUGCGAACCUCGCUACCGUGACCUCCGUGCCUCGGAGAUCCCCACCGUCGACGUCGACGACUCCCGCGUCACCGUUAAGGUCAUCUCCGGUCAGAGCCACGGAAUCGACUCAGUAAAGGACCUUGCCUAUACCCCCGUUUGGAUCCUCGAUAUUACCAUUCGCCCUGGUGGCAAGAUCACUCAACCCCUUCCCAAGAAUUGGAAUGCCUUCGCCUACACCCUCGAGGGCGAUGUCAUCGUUGGCAAGGACGGUCAGAGCCGUGUUGUCGAGCAGUUCCACAACAUUGUCUUUGAGCCCGAGGGCGAGGUUGUCCACUUUGAAGUUGACGCUGGUGCCUCCAAGCCCGCCCGACUUGCUCUCAUUGCCGGUACUCCUCUCGACCAACCCAUCGUCCAGUAUGGUCCCUUCGUCCUCAACUCUAAGGAGGAGGUGGCCAAGGCCCUCUACGACUACCAAAGCCACGCCAAUGGAUUCGAGCGCGCCAAGAACUGGGAGAGUGAGAUUGGCAAGUCUAUGAUGAAUUAA